AUGGCGGCCUCUGUUCAAAACCGGCAGUUCGGUCACCUCGAACCGGGCUUAAACGGCGCUAUCCGUGCCUUCAAGUCCGGUCGGUCCGACUCUCCGGUCCGUGGCUUCAAAAUCCCCACAAGCCCAGAACUGAACGUUCCUAAAAAACCUGUCAUAUUGGAAGAUUCAUCCAGCGAUGAUGAUGAAGAAAAUAAUUAUAAAGACGCCAUUAAGAAGGCCAACGCGGAGUUGGAACCACCGGCUUUGGAUUCCAGAGAUGAAGGCACCGCCGAUAAUUGGAUCGAGCGCAACCCAUCAAUGGUUCGACUCACCGGAAAACACCCAUUCAACUCUGAGCCACCCUUGACUCGUCUCAUGCAUCACGGUUUCAUCACUCCAGUCCCACUUCAUUAUGUUCGUAACCACGGUCCAGUUCCAAAAGGUACAUGGGAGGAGUGGACCGUAGAGGUGUGCGGGUUGGUUAAACGACCAACCCGCUUCACCUUGGAUCAAUUGGUCAAUGAAUUUCCUUACAGGGAAUUUCCAGUGACCUUGGUAUGUGCAGGCAAUCGUAGAAAAGAACAAAACAUGAUCAAGAAAACAAUCGGGUUCAACUGGGGAGCUGCCGGACUAUCCACCUCGGUGUGGCGUGGGAUACCCCUAUGUCACAUUUUGAAGCGGUGUGGCAUUUUUAGCCGGAAAAAAGGUGCUCUCAACGUGUGUUUUGAGGGGGCCGAGGACUUGCCAGGAGGGGGCGGAUCAAAAUACGGGACAAGCCUUAAAAAGGAGAUAGCAAUGGAUCCAGCAAGGGACAUCAUAGUGGCGUACAUGCAGAACGGCGAACUUUUGUCCCCCGAUCACGGAUUUCCGGUCCGAAUGAUCAUUCCAGGAUUCAUCGGUGGAAGAAUGGUGAAAUGGCUUAAACGUAUCAUAGUCACAACUCAAGAAUCGGAUAGUUAUUACCAUUACAGGGACAACCGGGUCCUCCCGUCCCAUGUUGAUGCUGAGCUAGCCAAUGCUGAAGCUUGGUGGUAUAAGCCAGAAUACAUCAUCAAUGAGCUAAAUAUCAACUCAGUGGUUACAACGCCUUGUCAUGGAGAGAUCCUGCCGAUUAACGCAUGGACCACUCAGAUGCCUUACACGUUGAGAGGCUACGCUUAUUCUGGAGGAGGGAAGAAAGUGACACGUGUGGAGGUAACAUUGGAUGGAGGGGAGACAUGGCAUGUGUGCAGCUUGGACCACCCAGAGAAGCCCAACAAGUACGGCAAAUACUGGUGCUGGUGCUUCUGGUCCCUCGACCUGGAGGUGCUGGACCUGAUUGGUUCCAAAGGGAUUGCAGUCCGANCGUGGGUGGAAUGCAUGUAG